GCGCCUUUUGGUCCGGCGAUGCGCUGCGCACAGACUAACUAUGCCUCGGAGCCAAACUUUCCGAACGGUACCUGAAGUCCACAGGAACCACCUCUCUUUUAAAGGUGUUGAAGAAAAGCUAAGAACAGCAAUGGCUUCCUGUUUGUCCAACGAGUCUUCCUAAAGACUCAACUCUAAUGGGCUGAUGCUGCCACAUAUUUUGACAACUGAGCUAUCCCUCUGUUACUCAGAGUGUAAGAUUCUUUUAUCCUGGUAGUUUUAAGGCAUUGCGCUGGCUGAACCCCAGCAAUGGAGGUGGCCCUGGUUGACUUUGAGAGCCUGGAGGACAUUAAUGGCACCCUUGAGGAUGAGAUUGACACCUAUGCUGAUGAGACAACAGCUCUCACAGUGGAUGUUCCUCCGGAGCAAAACAGCUCUGACAUCAAUUACCAUCUACGUCCCCUUCAACUCUCCUCCACCCCUUCACAUUACAGCCCAAUGCCCUCCUACAUUUGGGAAUCCACCUCAUCUUCACCCAUUCCACCAAUGCAUACACUGGAAGUACCUCAGUCACCAGUGAUGCCAUCAUCAAGCAGAAAGGGUCGCAGUAGUUGUGCCAGCAUUCUCUCCAACUGGAAGUUGCUGUUAAAUAGUGAAGGCGUGAAGGAAAGUGAAACAAUCUUCAGUCGGCUCACGAAGGAGUGCUGUGAGGAUCUGUUUGCAGAUAAAAGAGGGUUGGAUGAUGGAGACCAGAAAGUCAUCAUCAACAUAGCUGGUCUUCGCUUUGAGACACAGCUCAAAACACUGGACCAGUUCCCUGAAACACUUCUUGGAGACCCCUUUAAGAGGAUGGAGUAUUUUGAUCCAAUGAGGAAUGAAUACUUCUUCGAUCGGAAUCGACCAAGUUUUGAUGGGAUCUUGUACUACUAUCAGUCUGGCGGCAAAAUUAGAAGGCCAGCUAAUGUUCCCCUUGAUGUGUUUGCUGAUGAAAUUGUAUUCUAUGAGCUCGGGCAAGAAGCUAUGGAACAGUUCAGAGAAGAUGAAGGAUUUAUAAAAGAUGUUGACAUACCUCUCCCUAAUAAUGAAAUCUAUAGGCAAUUUUGGCUCCUGUUUGAAUACCCAGAGAGCUCCAAUGCAGCACGGUGUGUAGCGCUAGUUUCUGUCUUGGUCAUUGUCAUAUCUAUCAUCAUAUUCUGCAUGGAGACACUGCCAGAGUUCAGAGAUGACACUGAACUCUUUUCUCCAGCAGUGGUUCAACAUGUCAACCAGUCCAAAGUAUCCCACUCUGGCUCUUUAGCUGGUGCAAAGCUCAAAACAUUAUCCGAUCCUUUCUUUUUUAUUGAAACUGCCUGCAUAGCUUGGUUUGCCUUUGAGUUGAUCGCUCGGUUUGUGGUGUGCCCGAGCAAAAGUGAGUUUUUCCACAACCUCAUGAACAUGAUUGACAUUAUAUCCAUUAUCCCCUAUUUUGUAACUUUGAUGACAGAACUGGCCACAACCCCUCAGGAGAGCUCGGGACAGAACAUGUCUUUGGCCAUUUUGCGUAUCAUCCGCUUGGUCAGAGUCUUCCGUAUUUUCAAGCUGUCACGUCACUCAAAGGGACUGCAGAUCUUGGGACAAACUCUAAAAGCAAGUAUGCGGGAGCUUGGUUUGCUCAUCUUCUUUCUUUUCAUUGGAGUUAUUCUUUUCUCCAGUGCCAUCUACUUUGCUGAAGUAGAUGACCCUGACACACAGUUCGUCAGCAUUCCUGAUGGCUUCUGGUGGGCUGUGGUGACCAUGACAACUGUAGGUUAUGGAGACAUGUGUCCUAUCACACUUGGGGGGAAAGUGGUGGGCACACUGUGUGCAAUAGCUGGAGUGUUGACAAUUGCUUUGCCUGUUCCUGUCAUUGUCUCCAACUUCAACUACUUCUACCACAGAGAGACAGAAGCAGAGGACAAGGUUCCCAUGACAGAGGCUCUUGAGCAAGCCAUAAAGGCAGAAGAAAGUACCAAACAGGGUAGCAAUCCCUCAGUUAAUAAGGUCAACGGUAUCUGACAGACUGCUGACUAAGAAAAAAGGAAUGAAAUUUCAGUGAGAAUGGAUUCAAAGAAUGAACUGUUUUAUAGCAACAAACAGGGUG